GAAACGACCAGUAGAAAAGAUGAAGUUAGUCUGGCUCAUCUGCGCAGUGGCUGCUGCCACCUCCGUAUGUCUGGCUUUCAACAUUGAUACGACAGCCACCCGCAUCUUUACUACAGAACAAAAAGAUUUCUUCCAAAACAAGGUGCUUCAGUUACUGUCUGACAAGAACAAUGGGAUACUUGUCACUGCACCAGAGCAGCUAGGACAUGAGGAGACAUGCACAUCUGAUCUGAACCUGACCCACAACUGCAUCAUUGUUCCAGAAAUUUGGCCCGAACACAUGCAAGUACCCAUCAGGCAAUUUGGACUGUCGAUAUCUGAGGAUGCCAUGCGCUCUCAAAUCACUGUUUGCAGCCCACGUGCAGUGCAUCCACACAGUGGGAACUCGUCUCUGAACAAAGUGUGUUACAAGAUGAAACUCGACCGUGGACCGUCCACCCAAGAACGAACAAAUAAGUCUGUGGAAGUCGUUUUUUUAUUUGAUGGAUCAGCGAGUAUGAGCGAAGCUGAAUUCAACAAAAAUAAAGACUUCAUUGUGGAGAUAAUGGGCAGCCUUAGGGACACGCCAGUAAUGGUCGGACAUGCUACGCUGCAUAAAUUCAGGGCCAUUGCUUCAGAGCCAAAACAUAGAAAUGCCUUCAAAAUUGAGAACUAUGAUGGACUCACAGGAGUGCUGGAGAAUUUACAGAAAAAGAUAUUUACUGUGGAAGGCUGCACAGCUCCUCUGGCAGAAUUCAGUGGAUUCAGUGCUGUUUUCAAAAAGGAUAGCCUGAUCGUGGGUUCUGUGGAAUCGAACAGCUGGCGUAGUUUUCUCCAUAGACCUCAAGAACGAAUGCAGGGUUACCUGGGAAAUUCCAUUUCCAUCGGAAAGAAAAACGGUGUUCCUUUGUAUUUCGUGGGUUUACCAGAGUUUGAGCAAACAGGACAGAUCGUUUUCAGACACCACUGCAUACACUGGACAGAAGUGCAGAAAAUUCGUGGAGAACAGAUUGGUUCCUACUUCGGUGCUGAGCUGUGCUCAUUAGAUGUUGAUUCAGAUGGGAGCACUGACUUCCUGCUGGUAGGAGCUCCACAGUUUCAUCUGCCUCAGGUGAAGAAAGAAGGCCGGGUCUACAUCUACUCUGUGAGUGAUGAGACUGUACUGGAAAGUAACCAGGAUGUGACGGGACCAUCUAUGGGUAGAUUUGGCACCACCAUAUCCAGUCUUCCAGACCUGAAUGGAGAUGGACUCCGAGACGUAGCUGUCGGAGCUCCGCUUGAGGAUGAUAAGAGCGGGGCUGUGUAUAUCUACCAUGGCAACAGGCAGAGAGGGAUAGUCAGCACUUUCAGCCAGAGAAUCAUGGGAAAAAAUAUCGACCAUGGGCUGAAAUUCUUUGGAAGGGCCAUCUUUGGGGAGCUCGGGGAGGAUGGACUCCCGGGUGUUGUGGUUGAAUCACGUGGUGCAGCUGUUGUAUUCAGAUCCAAGCCGGUCUUCAACGUCUUGGCUCGUCUGUCUUUUCACCCUGAGAACCUUGACGCCCUGAGUCCAGAUAAAAAUGUAGCUUUGGUUAAAAUAACGGCAUGCUUUGAAAAGGUCGAAGCAACAAAGAGCAAAGCAGGGCCAGUGAGCUCAGCAUUGAACAUCACAUACACACUUAAUGUGACGAGUCAAGCAAGUCAAAGUAUGUUCAGUCAGACCCUGAAGCUGAGAGAUGAAAACACCUGCGUCAGCUACUCCAUCAACAGAGCAAACUAUGUGGAUGACACAUCAACACCUCUCAGGAUCAGACUUAACUUCCUUCAACCUGACAGCGAGAGCGCGAGCGCCGUCCUGAGCGUGGACUCUGAAAGAGAGGCUGCCCUUGAGAUUCCCAUUAAAAAAUAAUGCAGAAGAAGAAGUGAGAGCUGAACUGUUCAAGAACGUAUUUCUGAUUUUUAGCAAGUAAAAAACAUGUUAUUAUCAUGGAGUAAUUAAAAGACUUAUUGAUGAAAACAA